AUGGGCGUGGACCUGGCAAGCAUUCCUAUCGAUCGGAACUAUGAGAUGCCAUCUGCUGGGGGCGUGGCUCCCGAAAAGGCCUCUGCAAUCCUCUCGCAGUUCGACCGAAAACGAAGGCUGGCGCAAGUGGCAGUUCCCACGGACGAUGGCAAAGUGAGAGCACGUCUACGAGAACUAGGGGAGCCCAUUACACUCUUCGGAGAAGGACCUGCCGACAGGAGAGAUCGGUUACGCGAGAUUCUAUUGGACAAGGAGGAAGCUGCAGGUCACGGCGCACCGGCUACUGAUGUACAGAUGCGAGAAGCGGACGAACAGGCCGACCAGGAGGAAGAAUUCUACACAGAGGGUAUACCCGAGCUUCUUGAAGCCCGGAGGGACAUGGCCCGGUAUUCAUUACCAAAAGCGAGAGCGAGGAUCAGGAGGCAAAAGGAAGACUCGUCCAUACCACUACGAACCCAUAUCAAGCACCGCAAGGAGAUUAAAGAAAGGCUGCAAGGUUUUGAGCUGUUCGGCACGCAAAUCGCAGGAGAACGACCGGUCAGCAUCACUCGCUUCGCGCCAAACGGCGAGAUCAUAGCCGCUGGAAACUGGGGCGGUGGGAUUAAACUACUUGACGUACCCAACCUGGACGAGAGAGUUACUUUAAGGGGCCAUACCGGGAUUGUUGGAGGUGUUGCGUGGUACGCGGGAGCAACAUUGUCAACUUCCAAUGUGUCGCCGGAUUCUGUCAAUUUGGCAAGCGGCGCUGGUGGUCAAGGGGGUGCUCCAGAAAUCCACCUGUGGUCCUUGAACAAGGAGACACCGCUUGCUACUCUUCAAGGCCAUACUGAUCGCGUCUGUCGUGUGGAGUUUCAUCCUUCCGGAAAAUACCUGGCCUCUGCCUCCUUCGACACCACUUGGCGAUUAUGGGACGUCGAGACAACUACUGAACUUCUCUUACAGGAAGGCCAUUCUCGACAGGUGUUUGCGGUCAGUUUCAGCCCGGACGGCUCACUUCUGGCAAGUGGGGGCUUUGACAGCAUGGGACGAAUCUGGGAUCUCAGGACUGGACGGACAGUGAUGAUCCUGGACGGCCACAUCCGCGAGAUAUUUAGCCUUGACUGGGGCGCUGACGGAUAUCGAGUCCUCUCUGGUUCCGGAGAUGGAUGGGUCAAAUGCUGGGACAUCCGCGCAGUGCGAAACAUUGGGGGUAUCGGUGCACAUAAUGGCAAUGUUUCUGACCUGAAAUGGUUCAAAGGCCUUGACGCCGAAAUGUCAUCCUUGGUCGAAUCAAAUGGUGUGAGACAAGAGCACCGGCCACGAAAGGCCGGCACAUUCUUCGUUACCAGUGGAUUUGACAAGAAUGUCAAUGUCUUUUCUGCUGACGACUGGUCAUUAGCCAAGCAACUGAGUGGACAUUCGGGAAAUGUACUAAGCGUCGAUAUCACCGAUGAUGCAAAAUGGAUUGCCAGCAGUGGCCACGACAGAACGGUCAAACUAUGGGGUCGUGAGGACGGACAAGGAGUGUGA